AACCACGCUGGGUAGCAGCAUGAAGCUGUGCGACUGUGUGCAACUCAGACAGACUUCCCUCUGGCCAUGAUCCAUCCCUCAGCCGGGCAGCCCAGGGCACCAUGCGGGCUCCCAGGGAAGCAGUGACCGACAGCCACCUUGUCUCCCUGCUUGUUACUGGGCUCCGGGGGGUUUGAGCAGAGCCGCAGUGCAAUGAGUGCCCCCUUCCAACUUGGUCCCCGACCCCACUCAUGGGAUGUGGCAUCCUAACGCUUCGGAUUGGCUCUGGGCACCUGGGGGCACUGAGGGCUCAGCCCAAAGUCUCCCUCCUGCUGACUAUGAUCUUCCUAUUCACCUACUUCUUCUACUGCCUGACCGGCUCCUGCUGUGACUCUCAGCCGGGCGUCGGCUCUUUGCGCUCCCGGUAUCCUGUCAGCUCGGCGGGGUCGGUUCCCAUGGGGACCGGGGUGCUGGGGGCGCAGGAGUCUCUGCGCUCAGACUUUACAUCGAGGAACUCUUUGCUCUUGGAUUCUAUUCUUAGUGACUCUUUGCGCCCUGACUCUGCACUGAGGGAAGCCCUGCGCUCUGGCUCUGCGUCUGGGGAUUCUCUGCGCUUUGGCGCUGCGUCAAGGGACCCUGGGAGUUCGGUCUCUGAACUUAGGAGCCCGGAAUCUGUAUCGAGGGACUCUCCUGCUCUUUGGAGCUCUCUCAGCUCUGGAUCUAGUCUGAUGGACAGGUUGCGCCCCAGUAUUUCCAAAAGGGACCCCUCAAGUUUGGGAGCUGCUGAGGAGAACACGGUGGGACCUGUUUCUGACCCAAAGGACACUUUGCACUGGCAGGAAGCCUCCAAGGAUCCUCUGAGCUCAGGCUUUGCCCUGAAGGAAUCCCCACACUCAGACUGGCGGCCCCCCGGUUAUGUCCCACUAGACUCUCUGCGCUCUGACUCGGACCCUUUGCGCUCUGCGCCAGUAGGAAGGACGCACAUAUUGGCCGCUGAGGAUACCCAGCAAGCCGACUCAUCCGACUCGCUAGAGAGUCAGUAUAAAGGCAUACCGGGUCACACAAGGGCACAGAAUGGGACAAACCCCUAUCCAGCUCCCAGUCCUGGGGCGAUCUCCAUCCACAACAGUUUUGGGACUAAAAGGUUCCCCCAGGCGAUCAUAGUGGGGGUGAAGAAAGGGGGGACCCGGGCCCUGCUGGAAUUCCUGAGAGUGCACCCUGACGUCAGGGCAUUGGGGGCCGAACCCCACUUUUUUGACAGGUGUUAUGACAAGGGACUGGAGUGGUACAGGAACUUGAUGCCAAGGACCUUUGAAGGUCAGAUCACCAUGGAGAAAACCCCAAGUUAUUUUGUUACCAUGGAAGCUCCAAAGCGAAUUUACAACAUGUCCAGUGAUACCAAGCUCAUCGUGGUGGUGAGGAAUCCAGUUACCCGGGCAAUCUCCGACUAUACGCAGACACUCUCAAAAACUCCUUCUUUGCCCAGCUUCCAAGCACUUGCCUUUAAAAACACUAGCGGGCCUAUCGACACCUCCUGGAGCGCCAUUCGCAUUGGCAUUUAUGCCAAGCACCUCGAUAACUGGCUGCAAUAUUUCCCUCUGUCAAAGUUUCUCUUCGUUAGCGGCGAGAGGCUCGUCAGCGACCCCGCGGGGGAAAUGGGCCGCGUUCAGGACUUCUUGGGGCUCAAAAGGGUCAUUACGGAUAAACAUUUUUAUUUCAAUGAAACCAAGGGCUUUCCGUGCCUAAAGAAGCCGGAGGGGAGCAGCAAACCAAGGUGCCUGGGCAAAUCCAAAGGACGGCCGCACCCCAACAUCGACACCAAAGUCUUGCAGCGCCUUCAAGAGUUCUACAGACCCUACAACCAGAAAUUCUAUCAGAUGACCGGGCAAGACUUUGGUUGGGACUGAUAGUGUUUGUGUCUGAAAUUGAUCAGUUUCUGACUUUCCUCUGGUCUAAUGCCCCCCUGUGGAAAGGGGAAGAUUAACCUUCUUUCUUUACACAUGAACUCAGCCCUUAUCGAUAUUGCAUUGGCCUAGAAUCCGCCCAACACUCAAUAGACUUUAUACAUACCCUAUGCAUUCUCCACUCCCAAGUGGAAAUGGCUUUCUAUAAUUGUGAUAACUAUUUAUAUCAGAGAGGACAUAAUGUAUGCUAAGGAGUAGAGACCAAUAUUUAAAGCACAAAAUGAGAAAAAAAACAAUGUAUCACCUAUGACUUUUACGUUUUAUUUGAUAUAUGCAAAUAAAAAUAAUUUUUUUAUAACUUA